AAACCCAUUGACGUCUUGCGUCGUAUACCUUCAAAUGCCUACCCCAUUACAAUCCCAUUUCGACAACAAGGGCAGCUGGUCUGAUCUUUGGCAGAUCAAGAAAACUCCAUGGGAUAGAGGCUUCGUUUCGCCUUCUUUGGUCGAGCUCAUCGAGGAGAGGAAGUUUCCGGUGAUCCCUGACAACGCUCGAGAAAACGCAGCAACACCCAUCGGAAUCGUUCCUGGUUGCGGAAAGGGCUACGAUGUUGCUUACCUGUCACGAGCACUCGAUGCGCAGGUGUACGGCUAUGACAUCGCACCCGAAGCCGUCGAGUUAGCAAAAGCCCAAUACCCCGACACAAACAACGACCGUAUCAACUUUCUAGUCGCAGACUUCUUCAAAGAGUUACCAGAGGGUGUGGAAGGCCGCGUAGACUUCGGCUUCGACUACACCUUUCUCUGUGCUCUCCAUCCCUCUCUUCGACCAACAUGGGCAGCACGCUGGAGUGAAGUCAUGAAGCCUGGUGGGCAUUUGAUUGCUCUGAUGCACCCCAUAACGGGCCAUCAGGGUGGCCCGCCGUAUGCGUUGACGCCGGAACUGUAUCAGGAGCUGCUUGGUGACAACUUUGAAAAUGUGUAUUUUGAGAAGCCGGGGAAGAUGCAUGAGGGGGAGAGUAGUGCGAAGGAUAUGAUGAGUGUUUGGAGAAGGAAGUAGACGAGUG